GCUGUUUUGUUUGCACGCUCCAGUGAACUCCUAGUUUAAAAUACACCAAGGGCGUUGGCUUUAAUCAAACUGUUUAAAGAGGAUGUUCCUGUGUAAUGUUAAAGAACCACAGAAGGUCAAAGGUGAAGACAGAGAGUGGUUAAAUUCCUGGAGGGAGGCGAGGAGUGUCCUCCUACUUUAUCGUAACAGCGCCGUCUCGGCUGUUGGAAGUUGCUCCGUAAUUGUCAGGGAAACCCAGCACAAGUUGGGAACGUUGACAUUCGUGGUUGUAGGCUAAUUAAGGUUUCAACACUUUGGAUAUUUUUCUCUUCCAUGUGGAAACAUUUCGCUUGUUGGAUUUGGACGGUCAUGAUGUUUAACGUUUGAGAAAGAGACUUUUCAGGCGGUUUACCUGACAUUGGGAACAGAUUCAGAUCUGGAGAAGCUUUUAAAUUCCCUUGAAGUCCAUUGAGAUGGAUGAGCAGGCGAAUCCAUUGGAGAGAGACCACUCUCUGUCUGUAGUUCUGCCAGGGGGGCUGGAGAAGAGUGCCACAGUGCAUGGAAGUAAACCAGUGAUGGACCUACUGGUGACCCUUUGUGCAAGUUACCAUCUGAAUCCAUCGGACUACACUGUUGAGGUUCUCUCGCCCAACAAGAACAACAUCAGCUUCAAACCAAACUCUCCUAUUGGCUCACUGGAGGCAGAGAAGAUUGUUCUGAAGCCCAGAGGGAUGGAGGAAAAGAUCAGGAGGCCAUACAUGCCUGAGGCAUCUGUGCGUCUGUUGAUCAACUACAAUAAGUCCCAUAAGGCCGUGGUGCGGGUGAAUCCCAGAGUGCCCCUCGAGAUGCUGCUGCCAGUCAUGUGUGACAAGUGUGAGUUUCAAGUAGAAACGACCAUCUUACUGAGAGACUCUCAGUGCCAAGAGCCGCUGGACCUGACCAAGACCUUAAAUGAGCACGGACUGAGGGAAGUGUUUGCCAGAGACACAGCUGGCCACCAACACAAGCCCACGACACCUGAAGCAGCUGUCAUGCCAACAGCGGUCAUCCCACCACCUCCACUACAAGACCUGCCAAAGAAGGAAAAGAAACCAAAGGACAACACAGGAUUCCUCAGCUUAUUCAGAAGGAAGAAAAGACCAGAAAUGGAAGGGGCAAUGAGUGCCCCAGCUUCUCCUGGGUGCAACAAACCAGUGGGAGUCAGAAUGAAUGUGCAGGGUGUUUCCACUUCUACCACCCUGCCAACAGAUAUGCCCAAGAAGAGACGAGCCCCUCAGCCGCCCAUGGGUGCAUCCCAGAGCGUCCCAAACAACCUCACCACCUGUCACCUAGGAGGAUCACAGAGGUCUGCAGAAUCCACCGUAAGGAGUACCAAGAGGAGGGCACCACCCCCUCCCUGUGCAAACAGCCAGCAGGAGCUGCAGGCCCACGCAGAGGUUAAAGGGACUGUAGAUUCCCUAAACACUGUGGAGGAGCUGAGUGAAACCGAUGAGUCACACUCUGUAAACCUAUCACUCGCCUCAUCUUCAUCACCCCAUCCGUCGCAUACACGGUCAUUCUCAUCCUCCUCACGUCCAUCAUUUGCUCAUCUGCAUAAAGUGGCUGAUUCAUAUCUCCCUUCGUUUCGAGGGAAAGACUUAUCUGACGCCCGCUGUGCUCUUGCUAAAGUCCUGACGUCCUCCAUUUCCAAAGGAACCCUGACCAAACGUUUGAGGAACUCUGCCACCUUCCCAAAAUCCUACAGUGGCUCUUCCUUUAUGUCCAUGACUCAGAGGUAUUCUGAUAACGGGGGUUUCUGUGCAGAACCUGAAUCUGUUCUAACAUCCAACCUCCCUACUGAUCAUGAGUGGGAGGAUCCCGCACAGAGGAAAGGAAUGACCACGUUCAAAGUGGUCCCCUUGAAUAAACAGCAGUCCCAUAAUGCAGCACUCACCCCAGACCAGAUAACAGUAGAAGAUGACCCUGAGAGAGACGCUUCUCCUGAGGUCGGGAGAAAUCUAACCGAGACUGAGGAGGAUCCAUGUUCUCCUGACACAUCAGAGAUUGAAGCACCUUUGCAAAGUCCAGAACCCUCUUCUGAGGACAGAUCAGAGACUGAAACACCUUUGCAGAGUCCAGAACCCUCUUCUGAGGACAGAUCAGAGACUGAAACACCUUUGCAGAGUCCAGAACCCUCUUCUGAGGACAGAUCAGAGACUGAAACACCUUUGCAGAGUCCAGAACCUUUUUCUGAGGACAGAUCAGAGACUGAAGCACCUUUGCAGAGUCCAGAACCCUCUUCUGAGGACAAGGCAGAGACUGAAGCACCUUUGCAGAGUCCAGAACCCUCUUCUGAGGACAGAUCAGAGACUGAAGCACCUUUGCAGAGUCCAAAACCCUCUUCUGAGGACAAGGCAGAGACUGAAACACCUUUGCAGAGUCCAGAACCCUCUUCUGAGGACAAGGCAGAGACUGAAACACCUUUGCAGAGUCCAGAACCCUCUUCUGAGGACAAGGCAGAGACUGAAACACCUUUGCAGAGUCCAGAACCCUCUUCUGAGGACAGAUCAGAGACUGAAGCACCUUUGCAGAGUCCAGAACCCUCUUCUGAGGACAAGGCAGAGACUGAAGCACCUUUGCAGAGUCCAGAACCCUCUUCUGAGGACAAGACAGAGACUGAAGCACCUUUGCAGAGUCCAGAACCCUCUUCUGAGGACAAGACAGAGACUGAAACACCUUUGCAGAGUCCAGAACCCUUUUCUGAAGAGAUUGAGGCUUCUGACAGGCCAGCUUCUCUUCCACCUCCACAUGAUCCAGACUGUCGGGAUAGUCCAGUCUCGCCUCUUUCUGACGUUGGGGACACGGUUCAAAAGCAGACGGAAAAGGAGGAACCUGAAGUCCCAUGUGAGGCAUCACUAGCAGCACCGUCAGACUGCAGUGAUGGAGAACUCAGCAUUGACGAUCCGACCAACUCAGCUGACAAGACGGAGUGUCAGAGUCCCAGUGGACAGUCUGUCAGUUCAGACGUGGACCGUUGUGCUUCGUACACUGAUGAGAAAGAAGUCAAGGAGGAAGUGGUACAAGAAGAGGAAGAAGAGGAGGACUUUUUCCCUCCCCCCCCUCCACUUGUCUUCUUUGAUGAAGACAUGGAGGCCAUAGAGGAGAAGAGAGAAGAUACUACAGCUUCCUCUCUGCCAUCCAGAUUUGCACAGGCGGUAGCAAUGGCCGUGCAGAGGUCCCGUCUCCAGAGUCAUGGCAAAGGUUUAGGCCCUCCGGCCCCCAGUGGUCCACACAGUACACUUCCCUCAUCACCCAGGUCCACAUACCAAUAUGGUGCCUGACUGGCUUCCUCACACGUCUUUGAAUAGAAGUCCUUGUUUAGGGUGAGGAAUCAGAGCGAAGACACCAGUCUCAGCAUGUGUUUAAAUCCCUUAAACAAAAUGUCAGCUGAAUAAUUUCUAAGACAAACUGCAUCAGUUUUAUGACAACAAGCAGCUGACUUGGUUUCUAUGAUUUAUUUUUUAUUUUUAUUAUCUCUUAUUUUUGUGCAAGACACCUUGUUGUCUCAUUUUAUGUUGGACUUUAUGUUCACAUGUUGAACAUAAACAUUUUCUGUUGUCAAGUAAGCCAAAUGUACAGGACAUGAGUUGUUGAACUGACAAUGUCCUGUUUUUUUUCUUUACUUCCUUUUGAAUUUUCAUUGAAGAUGUGCCAAGGCCGGACACGCUGACGUGAGAGCUUUUUAGUUUUUGUUUGUGUAAAACAAAAGAAAUGAUGUACUCGCAAUUAUAUGCUUAUUCUAUGUUUGUGCCGGAAUUAUUAUUUUUUUUUUUUCCUGAGGGUGUACAUUUGUAUGCUUUAAGACAUGAAGAAUGCAGUAAAACUCAUGAACUCAGUUUCAGACUGGUUUGUUGUUUAGUCACCAGGUGGCAGAAGAGCAUUGUUCCUAAAAAAAAAAAAAAAAAAAAAAAAAAAAAGAAUAUCCUGACAAUAUCCAUUUGUUUGGUCUUCUUUAUCAUAUGAGUUCUGGUGGAUGUAUCACAAGUGACGCACUUUGUAUAUUUUUUAAAAGAACAAAAAACUGUAAAUAUUGUUUUCUAAUUACUCAGGAGCAUGAAUGGACAUAAAACCUUAUUCUAAUAUUUAAUUAUCUUCUAUUUAAAUGUUUCCAUCUCUGCCAAAUCAAUUUCAAGGAAUAAAAAACUGUGCCUUAUACUGUAUAAUUAAUGGGGACAUGAGAAUUUUCUGCAUUUCCAGCAACAACAAAAAAAAAAAAAACAUCCUUGGAAGCAUCCGUUUUAUGCCAAGCAUCUCAACACCUUCCUGAAUAAACUCAGUCCACUUUG